AUGCUACGCAGCAACGACAUCUGUGAAUCAGGCUCCUGGAUGUCAGAAGGAACUCACAUCUAUGACUGGGGACUGCCCUUCACUCGUUUUUUGGGCACUCUUCUGAUUGCUCACCCUGUGCUCUCUGACUCUUGUUCUGGCAACACUGCUGCAGACCGUAGUAUCUGGUGCGACUAUGACCUUUCUACUGACUAUUAUGAAGUCGUCCCAGAGACUGGUGUCACGAGAGAGUACUGGUUCGAGAUCAACCAGACCACUGCAGCGCCUGAUGGCUACUCUCGUAUGGUCAUGGCCGUCAACGGCAGUGUUCCAGGACCGACCAUCUAUGCCGACUGGGGGGACACUGUCAAAGUUCAUGUGAUCAACAACCUCGAAGCAAGCAAUAACGGCACCAGUGUACAUUUCCACGGAAUCCGCCAAAACUACACCAAUCCACAAGAUGGCGUGGUAUCGAUCACUCAAUGUCCCACUGCACCUGGCUCAGAGAUUCUCUACACAUGGAGAGCGACGCAGUACGGUACUGCCGAUGUCUUGUACGCAUCAGCUCAAUCCAGCGGUCCACCGACACUCGACAACGGCCUCAUCAAUGGUACGAAUGUAUAUGGCGAUGACGACUCGGACUCCCAGACCGGUUCAAGACUCGAGCUCUCGGUGGUAAAUGGGACCUCUUACAGAAUGCGCCUUGUCAAUGCGGCAAUUGAUACACAUUUCAAGUUCAUGAUCGAUAACCACACUAUGACCGUCAUCGCAAAUGACCUGGUGCCAAUUGUGCCUUACGAGACAACUGUCCUCGAUAUCUCGAUGGGUCAGCGCUACGAUAUCGUCGUGAAGAUGGAUCAGGAGGACACAGCCGACGACUUUUGGCUCAGAGCGAUUCCCCAGGCCGCCUGCUCCGACAAUGACAGCUCUGACAAUAUCAAGGCCAUCAUCCACUAUGGUUCCUCGAGCUCCACACCGACUACCUCAGCUUACAGCUACACUGACGAAUGCGUCGACGAAGACUUGACUGACUUGGUACCAUACCUUGCAAAGGACGCAGACUCUAGCUACUGGUCUAACGAAACUGUCGCAACAGUGGGCUUUAACGAUAACAGUCUGUUCCGAUGGAAACUGAACAGCGUCUCGAUGAUGGUUGAAUGGGCCAAUCCUACCUUACUCCAGAUUUACAACAAUGAGAGCGACUGGUCUAACACAUCGAACAUCAUUACCCUAUCUGAAGCUGAUGAAUGGGCCUAUCUCAUCAUCGAGACUGAGAUGACCGUCUCCCAUCCCAUCCAUCUCCACGGUCAUGAUUUUAUGAUUCUCGCACAGGGUUCUGGUGAUUACAGCUCUAGCGAUCUUAACUUGUCGAAUCCUCCUCGCCGCGAUGUCGCCAUUUUGCCCGACUCUGGCUACCUUGUUCUGGCAUUUAAGACGGACAAUCCU